AUGGCGGUUGCGUUGGCCCAACUGCCGCGCCCGGCGCUAGUGAGCGAUUCCGAUCUGCAGCAGGCUCGUGCCGCUUUGCAGCAUCAAGAUUGCCCCGAAAUAUCGGUACCACGCGAAUUCAUCUCGCUCAUCGUGGAAGAACUCAUCUACCGGCGUGAGUCGCACUCGGAGAUUGCUGAAAUCGAACACGAGUGCUCUUCUUUGCGCCAGGAACUCCGCAAGCACAUCCACAUCAAUGAAGCCUUUCAAAAAGAGCUCCGCGAGAUCGGCGAGAUCAUCACCCAGGUGGCUCAUGGCGACUUGUCACAGCGCGCGCGGCUACAUCCGCUCGAGAUGUCCCCAGACAUUGCGACAUUCAAACAAACCAUCAAUACGAUGAUGGACCAAUUGCAGGUCUUCAGCCAGGAGGUGUCCAAGGUGGCACGGGAGGUGGGAACUGAAGGCGUCCUGGGGGGACAGGCUAACAUUGAGGGAAUUCAAGGAAUUUGGCAGGAAUUGACCGUCAAUGUAAACGCAAUGGCCAACAAUCUCACCACCCAAGUCCGCGACAUCACCACCGUUACUACUGCCGUGGCCAAGGGCGAUCUGACCCGCAAGGUGCAAGCAGAUUGCAAGGGUGAAAUCUUGCUUCUGAAGAAUAUCAUCAACGGGAUGGUCGACCAGCUACGAGAAUUUGCCUUUGAGGUGAGCCGCGUGGCGAGAGAGGUGGGAUCGGAUGGCACGUUGGGCGGCCAGGCCGUGGUGCACGGCGUGGAAGGGACAUGGAAGAAUUUGACCGAAAAUGUUAAUUGCAUGGCGUCCAAUCUGACUCAACAAGUUCGAGAAAUCGCCAAAGUGACGACCGCCGUGGCCCGCGGCGAUCUGACUAUGAAAGUGACUGCCGACGUGAAGGGAGAAAUCCUGGAUCUCAAGCUCACAAUCAAUGCGAUGGUGGAUCGAUUGAAUCGAUUUGCGUUCGAAGUCAGCCGCGUAGCUAGAGAGGUCGGCACAGACGGCACGCUAGGCGGCCAGGCUCAAGUUGAGAACGUCGAAGGUCGCUGGCGUGAUCUCACCGACAACGUGAAUACCAUGGCGCAAAACCUCACACAGCAAGUACGGCAGAUCUCGAACGUCACGCAGGCGAUUGCGCGUGGAGAUCUGAGCACCAAGAUCGAGGUUCAUGCGCAGGGGGAAAUUUUGACUCUGAAAGAAACCAUCAACCGCAUGGUCGAUGGCCUGAGUCAGUUCGCGAGAGAGGUCAAGAUCGUGGCCCGGGACGUCGGUGUGAGGGGUAAACUUGGUGGCCAGGCGAAGCUUGAGGGAUCCUAUGGCAUCUGGCGCUCGAUCAGUGAAGAUGUCAAUAUUAUGGCCGACAAUCUCACCUCACAAGUGCGCGCCUUCGGAGAGAUUACAGAGGCGGCUAUGAGCGGCGAUUUCACCAAAUUGAUCACCGUUUCCGCCUCUGGUGAAAUGGAUGACCUGAAACAGAAAAUCAACAAGAUGAUUUGGAGCCUGCGCGACAGCAUCCAGCGCAACACGGCUGCCCGCGAAGCCGCCGAAUUAGCCAAUCGCAGUAAAUCGGAGUUUUUGGCGAACAUGAGUCACGAAAUCCGCACCCCUAUGAAUGGGAUUAUCGGCCUCUCGAGUCUGGCACUCGACACCGAUGACCUCCCCGCACCAGUACGCGAAACGCUAGACAUGGUUCACAAUCUCGCCAAUUCCCUCCUGACCAUUAUCGAUGAUAUUCUCGACAUCUCCAAGAUCGAGGCAAACCAUCUGAUGAUUGAGAAGAUGCCGUUCAGCCUAGGAUCUACGGUGUUUGGAGUUCUGAAGGCGCUGGCUGUGGAGACCAAUGAAAAGGCCUUGACCCUCUCUUACUCCACCGAUGGCAACGUGCCCGAUUUCCUCAUCGGAGAUGCAUAUCGACUACGACAGGUCAUGCUUAACCUGGUGGGCAAUGCGAUCAAAUUCACGGAUCAUGGUGAAAUUCGCGUCACCAUCAAGCGUGCCGAGACCAAUGUGUGCCUGGAAGAGGAUGAGACGAUGUUUGAAUUCUCAGUUUCGGACCCUGGAAUUGGUAUUGAGGAAAGCAAGCUGGGUCUGAUCUUCGACAAAUUUCAACAAGCCGAUGGCAGUAUGACAAGAAAGUAUGGGGGCACCGGUCUGGGUCUGGCAAUUUCCAAACGCCUGGUCUGUCUGAUGGGCGGAGGAAUCUGGGUCACUUCGCGCGUUGGCCAGGGAAGCAAGUUCUCAUUCACGUCUCGUGCCAAAUUGGCCCAGGCACCGGCAGGAUUUGCUGAGCAGCUGGCGCCAUACCGUGGUCGCCGAGUCCUGCUUGUGGACAACGGAAACUGGAAAGACUGCCCUGUGUCGUCCAUGCUGAGAGACUUUGGUCUAGAAGCUGUUGUUGUGCACGAGAACGAGCUCGUGUCCACACAACGUCGGAAGGACCUCGGUGGGUCCUUUGAUGCCAUGCUCGUGCCUAGCAUAGAAGCAGCCGCUAAACUUCGUGCCGACUCGACUCUAUCACUUAAUCCCUUGGUCAUCGCAGCCCCCAGCGUCUCCCUCCUUCUGAAAUCCGCAGGCGAGUUGGGUAUUUCCUCCUACGCGACCACCAAAGCUGGUACUCGCCCAAUUGACUUUUGGAGUGGCAUUCUCCCUGCUCUGGGAAAUCGCAGAAACCGCAUUUCCGAGGGCAUCACACGAUCCCUCGCCAUUCUUCUUGCCGAGGAUAAUGACGUGAACCAGAAAGUCGCUGUUCGUAUCCUGCAAAAAUGCAAUCACAACGUCACUGUGGUUGAGAACGGUCUCCAGGCCGUCAAAGAGGCACAGCAGCACCGUUACGACGUCAUUCUGAUGGAUGUGUCCAUGCCGGUCAUGGGCGGAUUCGAAGCGACGGUCAAGAUCCGACAACAUGAGAAAUUGAAUUGCCUUCCGCGGACACCGAUUGUGGCACUGACUGCGCAUGCAAUGCUCGGCGAUCGUGACAAGUGCAUCCAGGCCGGCAUGGAUGAUUAUCUAUCCAAACCCUUGAACUCCAAUAUGAUGAUGCAAACGAUUCUGAAGUGCUCUGCGAUGAAUCUUGUCUCUGCCGUCGAGUCCUGA